AUGGAUAUAUAUGGCCCAAAAUCCCAUCCGCCAUCCCUGUCACUAUCGAAGCUCCAAAGCUUCACGACCCAAAUGGCGUCAAGUCCGCCAAAUUCGCCAAAUCCGCCGGCAAACUCACCCACAGCCAUGGCUCCCCCCGACCCCAAGCCCGACGCUCAAUCGGGCACCGACGCCGAGGACUGGACGGCCGCCCAAAAAGAAGCCCUUCAAGCCCACCUCUCCGCCCGCCGCACUGCUCGCACCACAGACGCCCGGCUCUCCCUCCCCACCCCCCAGCGCCUCCUCGUCGGCACCAGCACGGCCUUCCUCGUCGGCCUCACCCUCGGCGGCUCCCACGGCUUCAGCCUCGCCGGCUUGCGUUUCCGCGCCGAGAACGCGCAUCGCCUCCCCAAAGAGCCGACGGGCUGGUAUCUAUAUCAUAAGAGCAAGAAUUACCGGAUGAUGCUUGAGGGGGUGAGGGAGGGGGUCAGGAUGGGGGGGAGGGUGGCGGUGUGGACGGUGUUGUUUUUGGGGACGGAGGAGGUGUGGGAUGUGGUGAGGGGGAGGAGGGAUGUGGGGAGUACGGUUAUUGCGAGUGCGACUGUGGCGGGGGGGUUUAGUUUGUGGAACCGCUUUCCGAUGGCUACGGCGGCGCGGACGGCGAAGACGGGUCUUGCGAUCGGGCUGGCGUAUGGGUUGGCGCAGGAUGCGGUUGGGGCGAUGAGGGGGAGAAGGCCGGGAUAUGUGGAUUUUAUUCUGGGGGGGGAGAGGGAGGGGGGGAGGGAGGGGGGGAGUGGGGAUAUUGGGGAUAAUGGGGAUAAUGGCGAUAAUGGCGAUAAUGGCGAUAAUGGCGAUAAUGGCGAUAAUGGCGAUAAUGGUCAGCCUGACCCGCCCCAAACCCCCCCCCUCUCCAUCCUCCCCCUCCCCCUCCUCCUCCGCAACAUCCUCAUCUCCUCCAUCUCCUCCUCGCGCCUCCUGCUCCCCCCCUCCCUCGCCGCCCUCUCCUUCCUCGCCUCCUCCCCAUCCCCCCUCCUAAACCCCGACCGCAACCCCCUCCUCCGCGCCCUCCUCAGGCGCACCUUCUACGCCCACUUCUGCGCCGGCGAAACACCCACGGAGGUCUCCCGCACUAUCGAAUCACUUAGAUCAAUGGGCUACAAGGGCGUCAUGCUCUGCUACGCACGCGAAGUCGUCCUCGAUGCCCACGCCGCCGCCGCCCUCGAAGCAUCAGGCGGCAAAGCCUCACGAGCAACCCUGACAAACGAGAUCCCCCUCUGGGCGCAGGGGACCCUCAAGACCGUAUCCCUCGUGGCCCCCGGCGGAUUCGUGGCCGUCAAGCUCACCGGCGCGGGAAGCCAAGCCCUCUACAACCUCUCGCACAACCUCCCACCCAGCCCCGCCCUCGAAGACGCAAUCGCAUCCGUCUGCGACCUCGCCGCGACCCGCGGCGUCCGCCUCGUCUUCGACGCCGAGCAGGCUGCUCUCCAGACUGGCAUCGACGCCUGGGUCCUCGACCUCAUGCGUCGCUACAACAAGAAAUCCGCCGUCGUCUACUCAACAUACCAAGCGUACCUCAAAGCCUGCCCUGAAGUCCUCGCGCGCCACCUCGCCGUCGCGAGGAAGGAGGGGUUCGUCGCCGGCGUGAAACUAGUGAGGGGGGCCUACAUCAACUCCGAUCCGCGAUACCUCAUCAAUGACACAAAGGAGGACACGGAUACCAUGUACGACGCCCUCGCCGAGUCCGUCCUCCGCCGCACCUACAACGCCGUCCUGCGCCCCGCCACUAGCGAAGAGUCGGACACCUUCCCAGAAGUCAGCCUCGCCCUCGCAUCCCACAACCCCUCCUCCGUCCGCCUCGCCAUGGCCAUCCAAGAAUCCCAAGCCGCAGCCGGCGAAGCGCGCAUCGAGCUCGUUUACGGCCAGCUCCAGGGCAUGGCGGACGAAGUGAGCUGCGAGCUUGUCCAGCGCGCCGUUGAGGUGGAAGGGCAGGUUGUGGUGGGGGGGGAGGCGAGGAUGGUGGUGCCGCAGGCGUAUAAGUAUCUUGUGUGGGGGACGACGGGGGAGUGUAUGAGGUACCUUGCGAGGAGGGCGCAGGAGAACAAGGAUGCGGUUGAGCGGACGAGGGAGGGGAGGGACCUGAUGGCCAGGGAGGCGGUGAGGAGGGCUAGGGGGUUUUUUGGGUGGUAG